GGCCUCGUUGUGAGGAAAUAAAUAAUGCGCUGGGAAGAGGGGUUGCAGUGUUGGAAAGAAAUGCGGUGUGUUUUGACUGCACAAAAAUCAGAAAAUCGCAAAGAAAUCAUCUCUCUGCGUAUGCGGUUGCAUGGAAGGGGGACUGCAGAUUGACUUAAGCAAGCUGGUUUCCGGUGUAGACGAAGACCCACGGCCUCUUGAAAUCAUCAAACGACCGCGCCAGGAACAGCCACCACCGCCGGAGCCCGAUGCGAUGAGCGGCGAUGACGAACACAAGGAGGAUUUGUCUAAGCUUUCCGAUCACGAGCUCAAGGACACCCUACGGCGGUUGAUGAGCCGAACGGAACAGUUAGUCAGCAAAUUGCCUGACAAUGGCAAGAAGCUUCUAGCGCGUAUCAAGCGCCUUGAGGAAGAGAAGGAACGGAGAGAGCUUCCGCGAUCGGAAGUGGAUAUGGAUAGUCCAAAGGAGUCUACAAAGUCGAAUUCAGUCACAGCUGGUUUCUUGGAUGGCUUUGAACAAGAGGAUGAAUCAUCUCCAGCUGUUUCAGAACAUAAAUUUGGUGCUUGUUUUAGUAGAAAGAUGGAAGAAAAUCAGACAGGUUGCUGGAUAAUCAAUCCAUUUGAUAAAAAACCAAAUGAUUGUGAGCACCAGAAGACGAGAGAUCUUAGGGAAAUUCUUCAGGGGGAAAGACAGAAAGGUCAGUCAUCAUCAAGACAAAAGAACUUGCAUCCCUCUCAUAAGCUUUCUCGUAAUGGAUGUCAACGUAAUUCCUUGAGACGUGAUCAAAGGGACAGAGUUUCUUCCGUUUGUUCUCUCCACAGCACUGUUGAUGACCAGCCAAUAUCUGUUGCUGAUGAAAAGAAAGCUUUUGAAGCCACACCUUCCUUUGGCUCAAGGUCCAAGAAGGAGCAAACCAUUGUUCUUGUAGAUGAGGAGGAGCCACUGCUUGUAGAGACAACACAUCAAGAAGCUAAACUUCCUGAAUGCUCAAAAGAUGCAAGGAUUUACUAUCCAUCAAGAGAUGAUCCAGAUCCUGUUGAAAUUUGUUUUGGGGAUAUAGACAACCUUGCCCCUGAAGCCUACCUGACAUCAACAAUUUUGAAUUUUUACAUCCGAUAUUUAAGGCAGCAAGCAUCUCCAACAAAUAGGGAAAUUUGCGACUGUCAUUUUUUUAACACAUACUUUUACAAGAAGUUGACAGAGGCUGUUUCAGACAAGGGAAGCAACAAAAUUGAUUUUGUUAGGUUUAGACGGUGGUGGAGAGGUGUUAAUAUAUUUCAGAAGGCUUAUAUACUUAUUCCAAUUCAUGAAGAUCUCCAUUGGAGCUUAGUCAUUAUUUGUAUCCCCAACAAAGAAGAUGAAUCAGGACCCAUCAUGCUUCAUUUGGAUUCACUGGGACUUCACUCUAGCAGAUCGGUAUUCUGCAACAUUAGAAGAUUUUUAAAGGAAGAAUGGAAUAUUUUGAAGCAAGAAGUUGCUCCUUUAGAUCUUCCAAUUGGAGAUGAAGUGUGGAACAAUCUUCCCAGUAAAAUCAGUGAGAGGAAAAUUUCAGUUCCCCAACAGAAGAAUGAUUUUGAUUGUGGUCUGUUCGUUCUUUACUUCAUGGAGCGCUUCAUAGAAGAGGCUCCUGAAAGACUGAAAAAGAGAGAUUUAGCAAUGUUUGGCAAGAAAUGGUUCAAACCUGAAGAAGCCUCUGGUUUGAGAUGUAAAAUCCGGAAUGUACUCAUAGAACUAUUUCGAACUGCUACAACAGAAUAGCUGUGCUUCAGAACCUUCUCACACACAUGAUGGCGCUCUAGCAUGAAUCUGGUGCUGUACACAACCUGAUACCUCACCGGUGGACUGGGUACCAUCUCUGUAUAGCUGGUAUGGUCAAUGCAAUUACCUUGCUCAUGAAAUUUUUUUGCAUUUUCCUUUGUAUACAUUAACCAACGCCAUCAUCACGUUAAAGGGUAUGAAAAAAGGCAGGUCCGAGAGUGCAAAUUGAAUGUUUAUGAACUGGCUUGAGAUUUAUAGAGCCCUUAGCUUCUUCAGGUGGAGAGGAAGAGAAUAGAAUAGGGAUCAAAACUUAUAAAUCAUCACGCCUGUCUGAAUUGUGCAAAAGAUGCUCUUUU